AUGUGAGUGCUCAUGCACACACAUAUGCUUGUGUUUACCAUCUCAUUUAUUUGAUUCAUUCUUAAUUUCUUAUGUUGUAUAAUUAUGCCUUUGCAGGAUGAAAGGCUGGCUACCUUGAGUUAUAAACAGGUGUCUGAUCCUCAGAAAAUGAAGGUUUUCUUGGUUUCUUUGUAUUACUUGUUUCCUGCAAUCAUUCUUGUGCUGCUUACUCCAAUUCCCAGUGCACAGUUAACGACAAGUGAGAACAGAAUCCUUCUCCAAGUUCAGAAGCUUCUUGAAUAUCCUCAAGCUCUUCAAGGAUGGAACAACAUGACCAACUUCUGCUCCCUCCCUCCCUCACCUUCUCUCAAGAUUGUGUGCUCUAAUGGCCAUGUAACCGAGUUAACCAUCAUUGGGAACAAGACUUCUCAUUCUCCUCACAAAACUCAGCUUGUGUCUUGGAAUUCAUCUGAGACUCUCUCAGAAAGAUUCUCCAUUGAGUCUUUCUUUACUGUCUUGACAAACCUUUCAAAUCUGAAGGUGUUGUCAUUGGUGUCACUUGGGUUGUGGGGUCCUUUGCCAUCCAAGAUUGACAGGUUCUGGUUCCUUGAAGUGCUCAAUAUUAGCUCAAACUUCAUCUAUGGGGAAAUCUCAUCAUCAAUUUCCUCUUUGAGAAGCAUCAGGAGUCUUGUUUUGGCUGAAAAUCUUUUCAAUGGGAGUGUGCCUGAUCUUGGGAGACUGGCUUCUCUUGAAGAGAUCAACUUAGGUGGCAACAAAUUGGGUCCUGGAUUCCCUUCACUGAGCAAGAAUAUUGUGAGGGUUAUCUUGAGAGACAACUCUUUGAGAUGUAGAAUUCCUCCACAGCUCAUGCAAGUUUAUAAACUUCAGCUACUUGACAUCUCUUCCAAUGUGAUAUUUGGAAAUAUCCCAUCAUUUAUUUUCUCUCUUCCUUUCCUCAAGUACCUAAACUUGGCUGCAAACCAAUUAAGUGGCUCCCUUUCUGUGAAUGUAUCAUGUAGUUCUUCUUUGGCAUUUGUUGAUAUCUCACACAACCUCUUGGUGGGAAAAUUGCCAUCAUGUAUUAGUUCAAAGGGUUCAAAUCGAACAACACUUUAUGCCGGGAAUUGUUUGACAACUAGAAGGUUAAAUGGUCAACAUCCAUCCUCAUAUUGCAAGAAAGUGGAGGCUUUAGCUGUUAAACCACCACAUAGAAGCCAGCAGAAGGAGUCAGAGAUGCAACUAGGCCUAAUACUUGGUAUUGUUGGAGGUAUUGUGGGAACUGCAGGGUUUCUGGUUCUUUUCAUUUUGUGCAUCUUCAAGAAGUCCAAAGCAGAAAAAGCAGACAGCAAUUAUAACCAAGACAUCUCUGCUGAUGAUAAAUUUUCUGUCCCUGCAUAUCCAACAUCAAAUAUUAAUGCAAAACAUGUUCCUCUGUCAACGAGACAACCUAUUCUGGGAUUCCCACCAUACUCCAUUUUCUCAUUAGAAGAAAUUGAAGACGCUACAAACAACUUUGAUCCAUCAAAUCUUAUAGCAGAAGGAUCACAGGGACAGCUAUAUAAAGGUUGGCUCAUAGAUGGUUCAAUGGUCGUGGUCAAUUGUGUAAAACUAAAGCAGAAGAGUUUGUACAAAAACUGUAUUCAGAGCUUGAAGGUAUUACCCUAUUUAAGGCACAGAAAUUUGGUGAGUGUUCUUGGACACUCUGUCAUUACUCAUGAGGACCGUCCCCAAAUUAUAAGCACAAUAUUCAUUGUAUUUGAGCGUGUCACAAACGUGACAUUGAAGGAUUAUCUUGCAGAUAGGAACAAAAAGGAAAUGCUGAAAUGGCCACAAAGAAUGGCAAUCACAAAAUUAAUCUACAGAAGCUAA